ACCUUUUUCUGCAACCAGCGCGUUCGCGUUCGUGUGAAUUCCUGAGCUGAUAUGAAACACCACGAGACCGGUGUGGUGUGUUCAUGAUGGCCGGUGCCGUAACUGAUGAUGAUGGUGAUCAUUGACGGUGGUUGUCGUCGUCGGUUACCUUAUCGGCCGUCGUCUCAACGGUUCCCGUCCCGAUGGCCGUCUAUUUACUCGUGUGUGCCUUCAUUCGUGAACGGUAACUAACGCGGACGGACGUGGUUUAUGAAAGCUCCUCCAAGUGUGCAGAUUUCUGAGGUUUGCUGCUGAGGUUGGAAUUAGUGGUGCGCUGAUAAUUGCACUAUCUGCGCGCGCGCUUCGCUUUUUUCCCCGGUUGUGUGGUUUGGCGUAGUUCCUCGCGCUCUGUUGCAGCUGAGUUAGGUGCUGAGUGCAGCGGAUAUUUAGGAAGGAGACAACGCGAAGUGGUACCUUACCGGGAUCGGAUUCAGAAAAUUUAUGUGUGAAAUUAUCUCGAUGCGCUGCCCGGUUCUGCUUGUGGUGAUAACGAAGAAGUGAGCUGGGCGGAGUUGGAAAUGAGGAUUAUUUCCUGGUGCCAAAAUCGUGAAUUAAGCUGUCAAAUGCGAAGAGAAGAUCAGUGAAUACAAGCAAAAAAAUACAGUGUGUGUAAAAUUUCUUAAUGAGCAUCCAGUGAUUGCCUGCUUCGUGGAGACCCAGUGGAGCGGAUACUUUAUGACAUAAUCAAUCAUACUGCCAGAGUGGUGGAAUAAGGAAGACUAAACGAACGGUGUGCGGUGUGUCGAGCUUCGUGCCUCGGGAACCUACCAGGGGGAACAUUUGGGCCCCAAUUAGCGCCGAAGGCAGGAUUAUUGCAUAUCAUUAGCAUAGAUUCUCCAUCCAAUUUUUGCUGCCAUCAAUCAACGGAGUUUUGGCGGGGAUCGUCCCAACCUUGAAAGAUCUGUUGAAUGGUUAUGAUCCUGGAUUCACGUGUGAUUGGGGAGUAACUGACUUUCGAAAAGAUGUCCCGUUCGAACUUCCAGCGAUCACAGAGUCGGGUCUGGUAUGGAAACAGCGCAUCGGAUGGUCCCUUCUACGGGGGCGCCUUUGGCGUCAGCAACGGGUACUUCUUCCACCAAAAUCAGCUAGGAAGCCGACAACCAGCGUCUCUGAGACCAUCUCUGCCAAGCAGCUUCCCGGAUUUGGAAGAAGAGGAAGAGCUGAUUCUGCAACGAACGCCGAACAAGGAUACGAGCAAUAGUCUGGCGAAUAGUAGCAGCAGGAGUACUAGAAGUGGUAGAAGUAACACGGUUUGGGGUGUUGAUGCCGCGAAUCGUCAAGGUAGCCCCGCUAGUCACAAAAGUCAGGACUCAGGAUUUUCUGACACCGAAUUGUCGCCGCAGAUGCCAUCAAUUGGCAGCUGCAACAGCUCUAGCAGCCGAAAUUGUAACGAAAACCAGUCCUCUCCGGACAAACUAACACCAAAGCGAACCAUCAACGAACAGUUGUUCCAACGAUCGCCUUCGAUCAGCAGCGAAGUUUCCACCCCACCAACUGUCAUCCGGAGACCAGUGACGCAAUCAGCGACCCUCGAUGAUCUUGCAGCCCGUCGAAUAUCGUACAGUGAACCAAACUCACCCACCCACUCCACUUCCGGUUCUAGCGGAGAUUUGAUCUCUAAGAUCGAUAACAUCAACUUCAACAACACAUCACCCAUCGAGUCUAGUCAUUUGGUUACCAAUGCCGGCGACGAUUACGAUUCAUCGGGCCCAUCUUCCCUGCCAAUCAGCUGUUACUGUCCUACGACGCGAAACAGCGGAAGUUCCCUGAGACGAGGGCGCGUUAUCACCAAAUGCAGUCGGGUGAAGAGGAACCUCAGCCAGCAGCUGCAAGAUUCCGACGAGGAGAUGAUCGCACUGGAUAGCAGUGAACUAUCAAACAUCCUCAACCAAACACUAAGUCAAGAUACGACUGUGUCGUCUCUGAAAACACCAAAGAGCAUUCUGAAGACUUCUGUGAGUUACAACAAUGAAACCGUAGUGUUGGGCGGUGUUUCUCCUGAAGCUAACAAAACCUUUACACGCUGUGACCAAGAUGAGACACCCAUGCGCAAUAAGGAACUUCCCACUUAUGCGGAGUUGUACCCAAAUGGGACUUCAACGCCGAUUAUGUACCCGCCGAAGUUCUACCGAUCACUUCCACCGACGCCAAUCCGCACCCAGCGAAGCGCUGUCAAACCACGGCCCACCAAACUGAUCGACAACUUCUACGAGGAAGCCGAUCAGGUUCAAGCAAACCGACAGUUUAGCGGAAGUGACCUUAAUUUUACCACCUACGAAAACCCACUCCUUAACGGACACACCCCUGCCGUUCAGUCCUGGCUCGAUGGUAUGCGGUUUUCCUACCAAAGCGAAGUCAUGUCCAUCCUGCAAACCAAAUCGAUCAGCAUGGAAGCCAAACGUAAUGUGAAGAUGACAUCGUCCACCGCCGUCAAGCUUAUUAGGCACCUGCAGACCAAGGUAACGAACCUGCAGAGCGAAUUCGAGCGAAUCGAGAAGGUUUUUGCUUCGAUCAAACGCUACCAACAGCAGCAGGACGAGGACGAUGAUGAGGACGAGAAGGAAAUCUACCAGAAGGCUGCUCCGCUGGUCCAGGGUCUGGCUUCGAACAUCUACGCGUUCGUGGAGAAGCAGAAGUCCAUCGAUUACUUCGGGAAGGAAUCCGCCGAACAGGCGGAUCUUAAGAAGUUCAAGGAAAACUGUCAGUCACUGGUGGAUAUGACGACGGAUUUGCGCAUUGCUGCGGCAAAUGGAGAGGACUUUGACUACCGAUCGGUUGAGGAAGAAGUUCAGAUAAUCAAACGGUACUUCCUGAUUACCACCCGAGUGAUUUUCAAAAAUCUCGUUAAAGUGAUCAUUGACACAAUCGAGGACUCAAAAUGUGACUUGAUUCUACGGUCGAACCUAAGCUACGUGGCAAAAUUAUCCAAUCUGGAUUACCAAGGGUUGGCAUCGCUGAACGAUGCGUUCAUCUCGAAUGGGACGGUCCGGACGCUACUGAUCGUGUGCAUAGAGUGCAAGUUCUCCUCGGUGAGGGCACUUGCGCUGCGAGCUCUCGCCACGGUGUGCUCCACGACGGAAACGAUUCGACAGCUGGAGAAGGCGGAUGGGAUCGAGAUUCUGCGGGAUAUAUUGACCGAUCAGCGGUCCAACGAGCGGACCGAUCCGGAGUUCCGGGAAGCCGUGUCCGUUUUGACGCAAAUUACCGCUCCCUGGCACGGCGAGGAUCACCGCAUCGAUGGCCUGAAGCAGCAUGUGCACGCGAUCGUAGAAGCAGUGACUGAGAUUGUCGAUAAAACGACCUGCUGCCAGACGCUGCUGCUGUGCUCCGCCUGUCUCAACAAUCUGACCAGGAUGGAAGCCACCGCCGUCUACUCGCUGAUGUCCCACGAGACGGCCGGCAAGCUGAAGGCCGCUGCCGAGAGACGAGGUCCGGGCGCAUCGGUGUUUCUUUUCGAGCAAAUCACCUCGAUGCUGUUCAACAUGUCCUCGAACAAAAAAUCCCACCACCACCUCGCCAACCGGCAGCUGGUGCUCUUCCUGGCCACGACGUUCAACCAAAGAUUCUACGAGCGGCCGGAGCGAAGGGUCGAAGCGGAGGCCCAGCGAAAAACAAUCAAGAACAUCCUGCACGUGUUGUCGAGGCUGAUCUCGAGCGGUGCCAUCAGUUGUCAUGGCGAGCUGCUGGAGAACACGAUUGUGCCCAUCUUCGCCCGGGUCGAGCGCAGCCUGGACGACCGGAGUGAGUACUUUCGGGAUAUCUCCCAGUUGAAUCGGCGUUUUAACGAGAGCCUCGGAGGACAGCGAUCGUCGUCCGGGACGCCACCGCUCCCAGCCACGGUGGUGGCCGGUGGCCGGAUUUCAAAUCCAUACAUAACAAGAUUAACAAUCGAACAUCAGCCGAACGGAGGCAUCGUUAUGCUCGACAAGGACCGCCAGGAGAGCUACGUCUGAUUGAAUCGUGACUGGCAAAUUCGGUUUUGCUGUAGGCUGCCGCCCCACAGGUGGGAGUUGCUAAGCUUUUAAAGCGAUUAACUAGUAGAAAUCGGGAAAACAUCGAUAGAAUUGGAUUCAUUGUUAGUGAAAGGAGCUUAAUCAGAUUCUGAUGUUUUCGUUAUUUCGGCUUGGGGGAAGCGUUCCCACAGGGGGAAGCUUUGAUUUGUUUCGCAAUCUCUGUAAAUUAUUCAUGAUUUGCAUGGACAAUUUUUUGUUGCGGAUUAUAGCGGGUGGAAAGCGUUGGAUUUAUGACAGUGCCAAAACAGAAAUGUCACAUCUAUCUAGAACCUUAAUAGGUGCCAUAACUACAUGAACUGCAAGGUGAUUUUGCUUAUAUAUUUCACGAUAUAGAUAGUCAUUAGGCAGUUUUUCCUGUCAUGUAUAACAUUGAUAGAAUAAGUCAGUGAAUAUGAAUUUAAAAAUUAGAAUUUCCUCUAUUUAAAUGUUAUCAUUAGUUUUGCGAGCAUUCGUCAGAGUAUUAAUAUAUGCAAACACUGAAUAAUUAAUUUAUUAUACGCUAGGAUUAUGUGCAAAUUUAGCGUCUUAAAUAAAUAACCUUCCAAAUAAC